CCCUGUCAUCCAGGACCAUGGCCCCCUCCUCCUAUCCCCCCGGCCGGUGACAGCCUCCUGUGGGGUGUGCCACCAGCCAUGGGGUCGGGUUUACUACAGCAUGUGCCUGCAGGUUACAAAUAUUGCAUGGGGGGAGGGUCUUAUCCGACAGGUUGCCCCCCUGGUGCCACCCAUGACAGCGGUGCCUCCAGUAUGCCUGGCAGAGGUCAUCUUCAUCCUGGUACUGUGUCUUUUGUCUUCUCGCUGGGUGACAUAUGUCAGUCUUCAUUACUUUACAGAUCAGGCGGAGGAAGACAUGGCCAGCGAGGGAGGGAAGGCCAGUGAAAGCGAGGGCAAGAAAAAAGGCAAAGGAUCCGCUUCACAGGACUCGCAGCCCUCUCCCUUGGCUUUACUAGCUGCAACCUGCAGUAAAAUAGGAACAACAGGGGAAAACCAAGGCGCUGGACAGCAGCAGAUUAUCAUCGAUCCCAGCCAAGCACUAGUCCAGCUUCAGAACCAACCACAGCAACUGGAACUGGUGACCACUCAACUGGCCGGUGGCGCCUGGCAGAUUGUGGCCGCGGCUCCCCCUGUUUCAAAAGAAGGCAGCAUAGCACAGCAGGGAAUUUCGAUAGCUGCCAGCACAGCGGCCUCCUCAAAUAAUAACAGCGAGAGCACGUCGCCUACAAAAUCCAAAGCGAGCAGUUCUGUUGCCGCCCCAGGGCAGUUCCAGGUCAUCCAAGUCCAGACUCCCGGGGGCAAUGUACAGUACCAGGUCAUCCCACAGAUUCAGACCCUAGAAGGCCAGCACAUUCAGAUCAGCCCUGGGAAUGCCACCGCGCUGCAAGAUUUACAAGGUCAAAUACAGUUUAUUCCUACUGGAAAUAAUCAAGCCAUUAUCACAGCUGGCAAUCGAACGACAUCUGGAAAUAUUAUUGCGCAAAACUUAGCAAAUCAGACAGUUCCAGUGCAGAUCCGUCCCGGAGUGUCAAUCCCGUUACAGCUGCAGACCAUUCCUGGGGCUCCUCAAGUGGUGACAACCUUGCCCAUAAACAUAGGAGGAGUGACUCUUGCCUUGCCAGUGAUAAACAGUGUCUCUGCCGGGGGAAACUCGGCACAGAUCGUUCAGUCCACAGAUGGCGGGAUUACCAAUGGAAAUCAGCUGGUAUCCACACCCAUCACAACUUCCUCUGUCAGCACCAUGCCCGAAUCUCCCUCCUCCUCCACAUCCUCAACCUGUACCACCACUGUGUCUACGACCCUGACUAGCAGUGAUACGCUUGUCAGCUCGGCCGAGACAGGCCAGUUCACCAGCACAGCAGCAAGUAGUGAGCGUGCCACAGAGGAAUCCCCAUCCUCCGUCACAGAGGCUGAGAGUCAGAGCAGCAGUCAGCUGCAGGCCAAUGGACUCCAGAACGCGUCCGAACAGUCCAGUUCCUUGCAGCAGGUGCAGAUUGUAGGACAGCCUGUCCUACAGCAGAUCCAGAUCCAGCAGCCCCAGCAGCAGAUAAUACAAGCCAUACCCCAGCAGUCGUUUCAGCUUCAGUCAGGACAGACCAUCCAAACUCUGCAGCAGCAACAGCUGCAAAAUGUUCAGCUCCAAGCGUUAAGCCCAACCCAGGUGCUCAUCAGGGCCCCGACAUUAACCCCAUCUGGUCAGAUCAGCUGGCAAACCGUGCAGGUUCAGAACAUUCAGAGCCUUCAGAACUUGCAGGUCCAGAACACGGGCUUACCCCAGCAGUUAACCCUAACCCCGGUGUCCACAAGCGGCGGGACGACCAUUGCACAGAUUUCACCGGUUACCAUGGCCGGCACUCCGAUUACACUCAGCGCUGCCCACUUUACAUCGGUGCCUAAUCUGCAGACAGUGAGCGUUGCAAAUCUUGGUGCAGCAGGAGUCCAGGUACAGGGAGUACCAGUCACAAUCACGAGCGUUGGAGGUCAACAACAAGGAACAGACGGAGUCAAAGUACAGCAAGCUACCAUCGCACCCAUGACCGUUGCAGUAGGCGGCCUUACUAAUGCAACCAUUGGCGCUGUCAGCCCUGACCAGAUUACACAGGUGCAGCUUCAGCAGUCCCAGCCAUCAUCAGAUCAGGAGGUGCAGACAGGAAAGAGGUUAAGAAGAGUUGCAUGUUCAUGCCCCAAUUGCAGGGAAGGAGAAGGAAGAGGCAGCAGUGAGCCUGGGAAGAAGAAGCAGCACAUCUGUCAUAUUGAAGGUUGUGGAAAAGUCUAUGGGAAGACAUCCCAUUUGCGAGCACAUCUUCGUUGGCAUACCGGAGAAAGGCCUUUUGUAUGCAACUGGAUAUUUUGUGGAAAAAGAUUCACUCGGAGCGAUGAGCUGCAAAGACAUAGAAGAACGCACACAGGUGAAAAACGUUUUGAGUGUCCGGAAUGUUCAAAGAGAUUCAUGAGGAGCGACCACCUCUCCAAGCAUGUGAAAACCCACCAAAACAAAAAGGGAGGUGGAACCGCCCUGGCUAUUGUAACCUCAGGGGACCUGGAUGCGUCCGUCACCGGGGUCCUCAGUUCUCCAAGAAUAGUCGCAGUUGCAGCCAUUUCUCAAGAUUCAAAUCCAGCCACCCCAAAUGUUUCCACAAACAUAGAUGAAUUUUGAAUGAAGUCAUAAGGACUUUCUUUGUUGGUUUUUUGCUGCACUUAAAUAUAUGGAUUUACAGAAUCGUGAACAGUUCUGUAGAAAGCCUUUCAGAGGUAAUCAUGAUUUUUUUAUUUUUUUGUUCCUUUAAAUAUUCCGAGGAUAGGGGGGAUGAAGCUAAUGCAGAUCAAGCUGUGAAUAAUAUCCAUUUUCUAUUAUUACGCAAUAGAAAGCUAAGAUAUUUUAUCUGCAUCAUGUGUUCUCCAUUUUGUUAAAAAAAAAAAAACUUCAACUUUUUAAUGUGCUUUCAUUCAUCUUCCUCUCAAGAAACUGCGCUUUCAUGAUGAACCACAUAAACGAAUGGCGGGCGAUAAGACUCACGGCCACCAAUAUAUUACAAACUCUGUUUGUAAAUGGCCCUACAAUCAGUUUGUAUUUAUGAUAGCAAAAGUUAGUCUGAGGUUACCUUUACAAAGAAGUAAUUUUUUUAAUGGAGAUCUGAUAUUUAAGCAAAAUUUUCUGAAAAAUCUUAUUUAUAUAGAUGCAAUGUUCAAAUUAUGCAAGCUGCAUUUAGUUUGAUGCUACCUGACAUUGAAAAUGCUGUUUCUUAUGUAACAUUUUGUACAUACCCACUGCUUUUUUUUUUCCACAUUCCAUGGUUUUCUUUUUUUUUUUUAUUGUUUGUUUGCUAUGGGUUGGUAGAAUCGGUAUAUACCGCAUCCAUGGUUCCUACAAAGAGGAAAGGCUGAUUGGAAGAGUGAAGGCCCUGCGUGGUUAUCCCAUAAUGUACGGAUCCCUUCAUAGUGCAGCUUUGUAAAGUUUUCUUUCACAAUUCUCGAAACAUUUCUUGUAAGCAGUUGCAAUUUCUAGAAGCACAACUUAUGUAAAUCAGAUAAUGUUUUUUAUAACAUUCAGUAUCUACCCUGUAUAUGGACAUUUGGUUUCCAGGUCAUUUUAACAGGUAAAUAAAAAAAGUUUUUUUUUUUUUUUUUUUUCGUAAAAGGGGUUAGUGGGUCAUCAAAGAGCCAUAUGUAAAAAUAGCAGGAUAAAAAAAACACUUUUGUACCAGAUUUCUUUGUUAAACGGGCUAUUUUAGGACAUGUGCCUAAUAUAGUUUUUUUUAUAUAAGUUGUGCUAUUAACGCCCGACCCCCCCCCCCCCCCCUUCUCUAUAGAAACCAAUUCUGCGUCCCCACAAAAAUCCAGGAUGUGGCAUACUUCGCAAAAUAUGCAGCAUGCCCGUAAAAUACCACGUCCAUCCACUAAUUUGCCAUAUGUUAUACGACGCUUUUUUUUUCCUGCUUGAGCCACCACAACAGAGGCUCACUGACGUCCGAAAAUAAGCUUAGGAAGAUGCAAAUUAUGAGAUGAAGAUUUGGAUGCUGGAUAUCUACUAUGUUUUCCUAAAUAAGUAUAUUUAUAUAGUAGUGUCAGAAUUCUUGGGAUUAAAGAUGGCACUUUUGACACAGCGCAAGUGUGCAAAUAAGUGUGUAUGUGUGUGACUGUGUGUAUUUCUGUAUAUACAAUAUAUAUGCAUAUUGUUAUUUUAACUAUUGCAAUGUUCAGCAGAUAUAAGGAUCAUUUGUGAAAUAGACAACGUUAUCAGACAUAGCUCCACACAAAUACAAUAUUUAUUUUCAUAGACCUUAAAUCAGAUCUCAGUAACCAGAUGAAGGUAAGAAGGCGUCAACUUCUGUAUAUAUUAUGGUGCAUUGUACAAUAAAGCUGUUCUUUUAGGUUUGUAUUAGCUGCGGUUGUAGUCAUGGAUUUAGAUGUACUCAUGAGCACCAAUGUGCAUACGUUUAGUUUGCAUGUUGAAAAUUAUUAUAUUAUUUUUUUUAUUCUCUUUUGAGCACUUAAAGUGUACCCUGGUUUAUUGCAAUUUUGACACACCAGCUCACGGGCACCCAACAAUUGCUGGCGUAAUAAGACCUCCCAGGUAAAUGGUAACAUAACUCCAUGGAUUCCAGUAGGGCAGUAAUAUGCAUGGGGUCUGUGAGCUGGGACUAUGAGGUACCCUUCAAUGUUAUUUGUGUUAUUACAUUCAGGAUUAGCUGUUUUGUUCAUUUCAUUCGUUUAAUUAAAUGCUUGUAUUCAUGGUCACUGAUCUUCCCUAAUAUUCUUGGCCAGCUUUAAUGAAUUAGAACCCCCUGCUUUAAAUCGUAAUCUUAAUAUAUUCUGCGUAAAGGCUGAAGUUAAAGGUUCCUGCUUAAUUCACUAAAGUAGAAUAUGUGUGAAGUAAAACCUAUGGCACAAAUGUAGUCAGUCAGUUUAUUAGGAACCUAUGACAUCAAUAUCUUCUACUUAAAAAUAUAGGAGGACAUUUAUCAUUCCCUGUGCACCAGAAUACUGGCGCCAAAAAGUCCCAAAGAUCAGCUCAAGAUUUUGCGACUUUUUGUGGGUGUUUCAGAAACCACUCACCACUAUUUAAAGUGUGAGGCGGGCAGCAAUGUGGCAUAGAUUAUAGCCACAGCUCGCUUGCUGCUGUGGAUUUGCACUUUGGCGCACGGACCUUCAAAGAUGCAACACAAAUACUAAGAG